AUGCCUGGAGCAGAGAAGAACCAUCUGUACACGUAUAUCCAGCCACAUACGGACUACAUAGCUGUCUCAACGGAUGAACAGAGGUAUAUCUCCAUGACUCGAUGCCAAGUUAAUGAUUGUAAAGGUAAAACUGUUAAGAUGUGUGUAGGACCAAACGUAGUAAACAACCUUGCCAGUGAUCAAGACACCUGUGAAUCUGCGUACUUCAGGCAGAUUACACCGCCCAAAGAGUUGUGCGACACUCGUCUAUCUUACGUAGCAACCUCAAUAUGGACGGAGAUACCAGGAACUGACCGAUGGAUAUUUGUCUUACCAAGAGAAGAGGUGAUGACAUUUACGUGUCCAGGGACCAACGGUCUCCUGGAGCAUGAAGGAACGGAAUAUGUCCAAGGGACCGGACUUCUGACUCUACCCACUAAAAUCCAGGAAUUCCUCAAUGGAGUAGUAACCAAGUUUUAUUUAUGUUUUACACUAAUAUUAAAUGUAUGUUCACAGAUUUUCACAAUAACGUGUAAACUUCUAGAGCUUCCAACCCACUGGUUAACUCGAGAUGUACUAAGCCUUCAGAUUCAACCAUCAGGGCGUACGGAACGAUGGUUGAACUCUACAUUGUAUUGCUUAGUACCCCAUAAUUUUACAUACACAGAUUCACAGAAAUUUCAAGUAGCUGCUAAUCAUCUUAAAAGAUACUGUAAUCUCAUAUCUUCAGGGAUUUUUAAUAUUUCCUAUGUGGCAUCUGUUCUGCCUUAUUUUGCAUUGUAUUUAAAGGAUGGGAACUACAAUGCCAUUUUGAGAAAGUUAAUUGAGAAAUUUUCAUUGAAUAUUAAUUUACCUACUAUCAUUAUUUAUACAAUGGCAAAUAUAAAGAAACAUCAAGGACAAGAUACUUGUAAGAUGAUGGCUGAAGGAAUAGCCCAUGUUGUCUUUUCCAAACCUGAGAAGGAGGAAGACAAUUUAAAAACUCUGAAGAAAAACAUUUUGUAUGCAAGUUCGUACUAUAUUCUACAAGAAAAAUGGUUUAGUCUUCUACAAUUGUUAUCCUGUUUUGUCGAAUUACUUACAAAAGAUGAAGCAAUUGAAGUUAAGGCCAAGCUUGUUCCUAAUUUCUCCAAAGUCGCCAACAAAACUGAGGUGCAACAGUACUUGGAUUCUUUUCCAUAUUAAAUGCACUAAGUGGACCAAGGUACAACAGAUGGUGUUCUCAAGUACUCCCUCAACACCUGCUGGACUGGUGCUCGUAGAUGUACUGUGCUCUAUCGCUGUGAAGACUUAUUAUAACAUUUAAAAAUAUAAAUAAAGCUUAAUAUUGUUUUCCUUUAAGCUUCAGCAUAAUCUCAUUAGACUGGACUUCUCAAAUGUUAACAUUCUUUGAGUUUCAGAAGUCUUAUACUUUUUUGUUAUUAUUUCUUGAUGGACUACUUUAGUUUCAUUACAUAGCUUAUGAUGUAGAGUAAGAAGUUCCUUUCUCCUAUUUCUCAAUUUUCAUUUCUUGUUCCUUGAUUUUUUGAGCUUGUUUCUCAUCGUGUUCCUCAAAGAUAUGUUUUAUAUCAAAAUAAUAGUUCUUUUCUUUGCUUCUUUGAUUUUCAGUGUCAGAAAUUCUUUGAUGGAGAAGUUUGAUUUUUGCUAGAUAUUGCUCUUCUCCUCUUUCCAGGUCUUCAAUUUUUGAUUGUAGGUUCAUAAUUUUAGCUGAAAGCGUACAAUUUUUACUUUUGAGGACUUCAUUUUCUUCUAGUAGAGCUGAUCCCACCUUUGCUGCUAGAAUUAGGGUGUCUUCCUCUGUCUGGGGAGUAUUUUCCAAUAGACUUCUUUCUAGCUCAUGCCUAGAGUUAUUCAUAAAUAGCACUUCAUUGUGUUCAAAGGCUUGUUGAUCAUCCCUGUUUUGAAUGAUUAGUGCCAUGUUGUUUUUUGCCUCGUCCAUUGCUUGAUUAAAUGCUUUAUUCUUAAAGUUGUCUGUUUUUUUCUGCCCAUAUGUCUCAAGAUUUUCCAGGUAAGAGCAUAUAUUUGUGUCCUUUACAAGCCCACUUUCACUGGUUCCAAAGAAUUUAAUAUUGUACUUGGUAGUUUUACCAUUGCUGUCAAUACUAUUAAUAAUGGCUGGCCAGUGAGGAUAGCCCCUAAUCUUGGCAAAGACCAUAUCACCAGGUGAGAAACUCUUACCUAUUUCCGUGGUCAUUAUUUAAAAAAUAAAAGACAGAGAUUGUUGUGGUAGUAUUAAAGAGGUUAAGUUUUUUAUAUCCUGGUUUGGCUGGUUCCAGUAGUUAUUUAAGAAGAAAUUGUUGUGUCUAAGUUUAGAUGUAAAAGAAUAAAUUCAGUUUUUUGUGCUAGGUUUGGCUGUUUCCUGUUGUAAGAUAAUAGCAGGCUGUUGUUAAUAACAGAAGUGUAAAUUUUGUUUGAUUUUGAGGAGUAAUCUAAUUCCUUGUCAUAAGGUGAAACCCAAGCAGCCUAAGCUAGAUAGGUGGUGGGAGUCAGAUGUAAAUAAAGGAAAGCAGAGUGUUGGUGCUGUUGUCAGAUGCACAGUCAGCAGCUCCAGGUCAGUGCUCCAGUGUGACACACAUUGCUACUGAGAUGGAAGUAGGUCACUGUUGUUGAGUUGGCCUGUUCAAGUGUUGUACAUCUGGCAAGAGUGACUUCAUAUUUUUAUAUUGGAGUAAUUGGCUUAACAAUUAAUUAGUUUUUUAAUUUCAAAUGAAGAAACUCUUGCUUAAUAUAGUCAAAUUUAUGGUAUUGUUGUGUUCUAAAAAUAUGCAUAAUAAUAAUGCAUAGCUCUUGAAAUUGAGUCAGUUACUUGUGUUGUUAUAUUUUCCUAAAAAAAUCAACCUUCUUGGAAAUUUAUGUGAGUGGACUUACAGUUGUUCCAGGUACGUUGUGUGCACAAAUAUAGUAAUGUUUGUUGGAUAAUUACCACAUAUUAUACACUUUUCACUGGAGCCCCUUCACUAAGACUGUAGUCAGUCAGCCAUUUUUGUUGUGUAAUUGUAUGAAAUUGUACUUUUUAACAUGUGGUUAGAUCUUUAUCAACUGUAUAGUAAUUUAUAGUCAUAGUAUAGUCACAAUGUAUAGUCAUUAAUAAGCUUGUAUUACAUGCAUGUUAUUUGAAAAUAAAAAUAAUUGUACAAACCGA